GCGGCGGGGGCGUGUGCAGCGUGGUGUCCCACCUGGGCGGAGCUUUUGCUCUCUUCUCAAUUCCUUCCCGCUAUAAACGCAGCGCUGCAAAAGCUUCCCUCCAUUAAGCCUCCAGCAUUCAACUCCGCUCGUCUCCUCUGUGGUCAACCGCUGCCUCCACCCGCCAUGGACCCCAACUGCUCCUGUGCCACAGAUGGAAGCUGCUCCUGCGCUGGCUCCUGCAAGUGCAAAGACUGCAAAUGCUCCUCCUGCAAGAAGAGCUGCUGCUCCUGCUGCCCUGUGGGCUGCUCCAAGUGUGCCCAGGGCUGUGUGUGCAAGGGCCAGUCAGACAAGUGCACAUGCUGUGCCUGAUGUGAGGACACGGCUGCUCCCACGUGUAAAUAGUGUUGCUGGACCACCCCAGAGCUUUUCAUAUGGAUCCACCCUGUUUACUAAACCCCCUUUUCUAAGAUAUGUGUGAAUAAUAAAAGCCCAUUUGUUCUAA